AGGACGAGAUGAAAGUGUACGACCGAUCGCGAACAGUACUAUGACGAACACAAUAUUUUCGAGUUCACAAGUGCGUUUACCGAAAAUAGAGCUUCCUACGUUUAGUGGUGAUAUUACGCAAUGGAUGAGUUUUAAGGAUCGUUUCGAAUCGAUGGUGCACGAGGUAGUGGAGUUGUCUGAAGUUAUGAAGCUGCAAUAUUUACUGGCGUCGCUGAGAGGAGAUGUAGCUCGACAAUUUGAACAUGUUCAACUUGUGGGGGAGAACUAUUCGAGUACAUGGAAGGCGCUUUUGAAGCGUUUCGAUGAUGAAAAGAAGCUGAAGCGCGAGUAUUUUAAGGCGCUCAUGGAUCUUCAACCAAUGGCAGCAGCAACACCCGAAGAGUUGACUCGAAUCGUGAAUGAAUCUCGACGGUUGGUGCGGGGAAUGGAACGACUAAAGGAGCCAGUAUCAAAAUGGGCUACACCUUUAACAAGUCUGGUAAGAUGCAAAAUUCAUCAGGAUACGUUAAUGGCAUACGAAAUCUUUGCAGCUGACACGGAAGACAAUUUUGAUGACCUGAUGGAAUUCUGUGAAAAGAGGAUAAAGAUUUUGAACAACACCGUUACCGAUGGGACAAACAGAAUAUCUACAAAAGCAGCUAAUGAACCCAUUUCAAGUCGUGCAGAGAACAACGGGCAGAGAAAGAAGGGAACGAAACCGAACGCAACUUUAGUAUGUGCGAGCCAAGCACACAAAGCCGUUACAAAAUGUUGCAUUGUAUGCCAGGGUGAUCAUCCAGUAGCAAGGUGUCCAUCAUUUGAGCGGCUCUCAGGAAUAGAACGCCAGGAAGUAGUCAAAAAGAAUGCACUAUGUUUCAAUUGCUUGACCAAAAAUCAUCGAUCUAUUUUCUGCCGUUCAUCAACAAGAUGUGAGAAGUGCAAGGGACGUCAUCAUAUGUUAUUAUGUAAUCGUAUUGCCUUUCCAACCCCACCAAGUCGAGAAGAAACUAUAAACGCUACAACGCAUGUAAAAGCUGCCAAGGAGCAGAUGGUCUGGUUGUCGACAGCACGAGUUUUAGUGUGCAAUGAACAUGGCGAGGAGAUGAUUGCUAGAGCAUUAUUAGAUCAAGGUUCCCAGUCAAAUUUUAUCAGUGAGCAAUUAGUGCAGCAGUUGAGACUGAGAAAACGACGACUUGCAAGACCAUUAUCGGGAAUCGCAGCAGUAGAAGUAAGGGCUGUAUCCGUUGUGACAGCAAUCGUCAAGUCACGUGUAGCUGAGUUUGCCGCAACGCUUGAUUGUUUGGUACUACCAAAGGUGACAUCGGAUUUUCCUUUUCGCACGAAAAACACGGAAAGGUGGAAUAUGCCGGUAGGAGUAACGUUAGCAGAUCCAGCAUUUUUCCGUAGUGAUAAGAUUGAUAUGCUGAUUGGAGGAGAGCUGUUUGCUGAGCUGUUACAACAAGGGCAGUUACGUAUUGCCCCACAUUUGCCUAAGUUACUGGAGACGAGCUUUGGUUGGAUAGUCAGCGGUAAAGAAGAGAAUCAGCAUGAUACCAGUAUGAGCAACCAGAUGGCAUGUUCCUGCAUCAAUGAAGAAGAAGACUUGAGCAGCUUGUUGGAGAAACUGGUUCAAAUAUGCAACAUUUAGCGGAAGUAGACGUAAAAAACAUCCCCGAGAACCGCUUGAACCAUUGGAGACACGUUCAACAUCGACUACAGCAUUUUUGGAAGCGUUGGCAUGUGGAAUAUCUUCAACAGCUGCAGACUAGACCCAAAUGGAGAGGCCCAGUACGACUGAUCUGUCCUGGAAUGAUGGUAAUCGUACGAGAAGAUAAUGUGCCACCGCUAAAAUGGCCAUUAGCGAGAAUAAUCGAUGUACACCCAGGACCAGACGGCACCGUAAGAGUAGUCACGUUGCGUACACCACAAGCAAAAGAACUAAAGAGGCCAGUUAGUAGAGUUUGCGUACUACCAUUGGAAGACAAUGAACUUUAUACGAUGAAAGGAAACACAUGAACUGAGGCGACAAUCUCGUGUGACAGUUUUUUUUGUCGAGUUAAACAUUUGGUUAGUUUUUGUCGAGUUAAGGUUUUUUUAAUAAAAUAUUAUCUAUUGUAUUAUAUGAAGUAUUAUGAAUUGUGAAGCAUGUUGCAUGAAAUCGAAUGUGGCUUAUAAAUAGCACAGUUUUUGAUCAUAGAAGUGAAGUACUUAAGGGAUUGAAUUAUGUUGACGUGAAUUGUAAAAUUUUCAAUUUUGGUGGUCGGGAAAUGUUAGCGCCUAGAGGUAUGCAGAAAGGUAAUAGCAUACAAGUAGCCAUAAUUUUAGUCCAUAACGAUUAGAGUUAGUUAGUGUUAGUGAGAACGUGUAUCGAUCUGAUGAAAUAAAUGU